UCUUCUCUCGCUCUCUCUCUCUCUCUCUCUCUCUCUCUCUCUCCUCACACUCAGCUUUGCUCUGUCCCUUAUUUUCCCGCCAAGCUCGCUCUUCCCUCUCACUCUUCCUUACCCAUAAGAAUUCAUCCAUAUCUCAACCUUCCACACCUCGCAAAAUAGUGAAAAUACUAUCCUUUCUCUUUGAUCACUACCUCUAUGAAUCUCCCACCUUUUCCAUUUCCUCACUCUCUUCACUAACAACCUCAAAGUGAGUGACACACACCAAUCCUUUCUUUCUUCUCUCUCUCUCACACACUCACUUUCAUACUCACUCAUGUCCGUGCAAUCGACCCUGAAGCUCCAGCGCCUGAAGCAAUCAACUUCAAUUUCCGAUUUUGAAGGUGACCCACCAUGCAAAACCACCAAAAGAACCCAACCUCAGAAGAAGCUCCUCCGGAUCAUACUCACCGACCACGAUGCCACCGACUCUGACUCUUCCGGCGACGAUGAAAACCCACCCAAAAAGUUUCGAAAAGUGAAGAGGGAAAUAACCCACGUCACCAUCAACCUUCCCUUCUCUUAUUUCCCAACCACUUCACCAUCUUCCUCGUCUCCUUCCCCUGACCCGACCCGUUUCAAGCGAUCCGAAAAAAUACCCACCAGCCCUCGCCGCCGGAGCAAGUUCCGUGGCGUUCGCCAGCGCCCGUGGGGACGGUGGACCGCUGAGAUCCGUGACCCGACCCGCAGAAAACGGGUCUGGCUCGGCACAUUCGACACGGCAGAGGAAGCCGCCGCCGUUUACGACAUGGCCGCCGUGAAGUACAAGGGCCGCAACGCCGUCACCAACUUCCCACUUAACGCCACCGAGAAAAAGGAGGAGGAGGAGCCGGCAGUUCUUUCGGACGAUGGUUUUGCGUCGCCGACGUCUGUUUUGGCGUAUUGCGACGGCGAGUCGACGCCGUUCGACGGUUUUCGUUACGGCGCGGUGGAUGCGUUGGGGUUCGACGUCGAUUGGCCGUUAAGUUUGACGGACGUUAACUCGGGGCUGCUGAGUCAGCGGUUUGGGAAGGAAGAGUUCAGCGAAUUUGACCCGGACGAGUUCUUGACGUGGCCCAGUUGAGGGGCUUAUUUGUCUUUUCAUUAUAAAAGUCGGGGAUUGUUUAGUAAUUCUCCUAAAGUUUUUGUCCUAUUCUGUUUUCUACUACGUGGAAUUCCGAAACUACCCUCAUGACUGAAGUUUUUUGUGCAGUUAGCUUAGAAGAGUGUAGAGAGCAUUAGAGUAAGCAUUUUCCCACCUGAAGCAGAUAUUUUGUCCUAAGUUAAUCUGUAAUUAAUUUUAUUAUUGUGGAAUGACCAGGAAAAUGUAAAAAAGAAAGGGGGAAAUCUGAAAAUCUAAAAAGCUAGUGAGCGAUGAUUGAUGAUAUUAAAAGGCUCUAUUGUAGUUUCAUAUAUAUAAUUAUCUAAAGUAUUAUUAAUGAAACUUU